UACCUCCCUCCUGUAUUUAACGUGUAUCUAUCACAACUUUCCCUGAGAAAAUCACCCACACAAGCAAACCAUCCAUGGCCGAUUCACAGAGAAGUAAAUCCAGCGCCUGCGUGGCAAACCGGCGGCAGCCCAGCCGCUUGCAACGGAGAGCACCGGCGUCCUUGCAGAUCAGCACUCCCUCUUCGACUUGGAAUGUGGCCAUCCCGCUCCUGUCGCCGCUUGCUGCGUCGCCGACUUCGCCGAAGUUGGUCACUGAUCGGACGGUGGAUAUGAGGCCGAGGGAGGAGUCGAGGCAGCUGUGCUCAGAGCCGGAGAAACUUGUGUCGUUCAAGAGGUGGCAGCACCCCGCGGCUCCCUUCUGCUACGAGCCGGCUCCGCGUGUCCGGCCGUUUGUGCCCGUGUAGAGAGGAAUGGACCUUCCCCCCCCCCCCCCCCCCCCCCCGGGCGGCCCACCCAAAAAAAAAAAAAAAAAAAGCAAAAGAACAGGAGAUAGGAAGAAUAGGAUUGUACGAUCGGCAAAUAGUAUGCAAGUCUAACGGUGUGCCUGGGGAUGGGUUUUUCUUUUUUCAACGUUAACAUUGAUUUUGUGUAAGCUGUACAAAGAAUUCUUAAUAUAAUUGGGUUCGCAAAA